AUGGCGUCGCUCGGGCCUUGGGUGGGUGUUCCCCCGGAUCUCCUCCGGUUCAUCCGCGGCGUCUGCACCGCGUGGCGCUCCGCCCUCCCGGCGGCAGCCCCUUUGCUCCUCACCGUUUCUGGUCCCGACGCUCCUCGCCAUCGCCAGAUCCAGCCCGGCCAGCUCGUGUCCGCCUCGUUCCUCAUGGCGGGCCGCUCGUUCCACCUCUCCGAGCUCCCCACGGGCGGCGAAUUCGUCGGAUCGAGCAACGGCUGGAUAGCCGUCGACCCCAUCUGGUUCGAUCUCUUCCCGCUGAGGAACGACGACGAUGAGCCGGUGCUCAAGGUCGUGUUCGCGCCGAACCCACGGCCGACGACUACACCGCCGUGGCGAUCUGCGCCCCGCGCCUGCUCGCCUACGCGGGACAUGAGGUGGACGGUCAUGGACGUCGCCAUGGCGGAGCAGCGCGACAAGCUCGCCGACCUGGUCUACGACGCCGGCGGCGGCAAGGUCUACUGCGUCACCGCGCACGGAGACGUGCACGUGUUCCACGUCCCCGGCUGCCGGCGGCGGAGGCCCAGGGUCGCGCCCUUACACGCCAACCGCGCCGGUGGCCUCUUCGCCCCGCCCUACGACACCGCGUCCAAGCUCACAGGCGCCAAGAGCAUCUUCCUCUCCGGCGGCAGCCUGCACCAGGCGUGGCGGAACACCACCAUCGCGUUUUCUUCGAUGACGCCGGGAGGCGGCCGGUUCAGCAUGGCGAAGGACGAGAUCGUCGUCCUCAAGUACGACCCCGAGCGCCGGCCAUGCUGGGACGCGUUGGCCGAUCUGGGAGGCCGCUCCGUGUUCGUCGGCAAGAACAACCCCGUGGUGCUGCGACCAGAGGACGCCUCGGGGGUGAGGCCCAACUGCGUGUACUGGAUCGACGAGCGGUCGAGGUUUCAGCCUAUGGUGUUCGACAUGGCCACCAUAACAUCGACGCCGCAUCCCUUCGACGCCGAAGCACCGGGUCCAGCACGACGACCACUCUGCUGGUUCUUCUUGAACGACAAGAUCAGCCAUUGAGGGCACUAGUACUUUAAAUCAUGGUGCUAAUACUAAGUUGUUCUGAUUCUGCCAUCCACCGAAGAACUCGACAUUUUUCGUGCAACCGGGACAUAGGAUGAGCUUAUAAAUUAAGCAAAUUAAAUGUCUAUCGGCAUAUUUUGGUUCCUAUGCAACUUCAAUCUAGUAUUUUUUUUGCAACGGUGCUUGAGCAUGUAUUUUAUUAAGAGUGAGUCAAUCUAGCAUUUCCACCAGCUGAUAAUAUCA